UGACGGCAUCUACGAAAACACACAGCCUCUUCUCCGAAACCCUAGAACGCCUCUGAGCUAAAGAAGCAUGGUUAGAUCUUUCGUCUCUGCUUUCUACGAAACCCCCAGUCGCUCCCUCUUUUUCUAAUUGCUUUGCUCCUGAUUUCCCUCACCCUCCCUCGUUCCCUCUCUCUACAAAUCUGUUCUUUUCAAUUCUUGGUUGACUCGCACGGCUUCCUUCAUAUACAGUGUGCAAUUUUCUUGCAAUCUCCAGGUCUUCAUUAGUAGUAUUUUCUGAAGAAUAUACUUCUGUCAUAGCCAGUGCAAUGGCUACUUCCUUGGAUAUGUCACUUGAUGAUAGGAUAAAAACCAGAAGUAACAGGGAGAGGGGUAGAGGGCGUGGCAGAGCCCCCCGUGGCCGUGGAGCAGGUCAGAAUCUUGGGGUUGGAAGAAUGCCUGGUGCAGCUCGUAGAGCUCCUCUUGGAAUUAAUUCUCGGCCAUCUGCUUAUGCCAUUGCCAAGUCUAUGCGCAGAACCAGGCGUUUUCCAUGGCAGCAUGAUUUAUUUGAAGAUAGCCUAAAAGCUGCAGGGAUCCAAGGAGUAGAAGUAGGCACAAAGUUGUAUGUUUCCAACUUGGAUCAUGGAGUAACCAAUGAGGAUAUAAGGGAACUUUUUGCGGAGAUUGGAGACCUGAAGCGCUAUGCAGUUCACUACGACAGAAAUGGACGUCCUAGUGGUUCUGCUGAAGUUGUCUAUACUAGAAGGAGUGAUGCAUUUGCAGCUCUUAAACGAUACAAUAAUGUUCUUUUGGAUGGAAAGCCCAUGAAGAUUGAAGUUGUUGGUGCCAAUGCAGAAUUGCCUAUAUCAGCUCGGGUGAAUGUGUCUGGGAUAAAUGGGCAGAGGAAGAGGACAGUUGUCAUGACGCCUGGAGGUCGAGGUCGACCUGGAGGUAGAACUGGAGGUCCUGCUAUGUUUAAUCGUGGUCCAGGAUGGGGACGUCGUGGUGGUGGAAGGACUGGUGGCAUGGGCAUGCGUGGCCGAGGUGGUGGACGUGGUAGGGGUCGGGGCUGGGGUCGCGGGAAGAAGGAUGCAGUUGAGAAAUCUGCAGCGGAACUUGACAAAGAACUGGAGACUUAUCAUGCUGAGGCCAUGCAUAUCUCAUGAAUUCUGAAGCCAGCAGUACUAUAAAUAUUAGCCAUGGCUUGCUAUUAGCACUGUACAAAAGUGUUUUUUUCUGGCUACCCAUUACACCAGUGUGUUAGUUUGCGUUCUGUUUUGGUCCUAUUGAAAUCCUUUUGAGGCGAAAUGAAUCUGUCAGAUAUUAGAUAGAGUUGGGGUGCUGUUUUUGUUUGACUUUGUAUCUCAAUUGCUGGCGUAAAUUUUAACUCUAAUCUAUAAACCAAUUGGGUCGCUAUUGAAGCUCUUCAAA